UACUUGUCUUCGGUUUAUGGAUAUACUUUGUGUGAAUAAGGUCUAUAUCGUGUAGGCUAAACUUGUCUGCAACUGACAUGUUCCUCUACUUAUAUAACUUAAGCUUACUCAUGCCUAUCUUAAUCAAACGUACAUGUACUAUUAGUAUCCUGCUAUACAACACGAGCUAUUAGUAAAAUGUUUAAUAAUCGUCAAUCUCGCCGGAGAUUCCGGCUCGGUAACUUAGCUAGGCUUGUCCAGUUACGGCAAAGCGUAAGCAACCAACCACCAUCACCGCAACAACCGCCAUUGCCACCAAAGGAUCUUAAAGAAGUUUUGUUACAAUCGCCACCACAGUCACAAGCAUUUCAGCGGCCUCCAUAUCAAUUGCCAUCGCCAAUGCCAUCACCAUCAACACUCCCACCAUCUAUAUCAAAACCUGGUGAAAAUCACCAGUCUUCGCCACGGCUGGAACCAAAGUCAUCACCACGGUCACCAGCAUUUCAGACACAACCGCAGUCACCUUCACGUGUGCCCCCUCCAAAUCAGUUUUCAUCUCCCAUGCCAUCACCAUCGACAGUUCCGCCGCGGCCUGAACCGAAAGCAUCACCUCCGUCACUUUUAUCACCAAAAUCAAAGGACGAAUCUCAACCGCAGACAACAACACCAUCGACGUCAAAACCGCCUCCUUCGCCGCAAAAACCGAGCCUAUCUCAGCGGUUACCUCUACGAUCGGUGCCUCCUCAACCUCCGGAACCAAAGUCACCAGCAUUUCAGCCACAACGGCAGUCACCUUCAUUACUGCCCCCUUCACCAUCAACAUUUCCACCGUCUCUUACAGAAUCUAGUGAAAAUCCGCCACGUGUAGUACCAGAACCAAAAGCCUCACCACCGCCACUUUUACCACCAAACUCAAAGGAAGUGCUUCACCCGCAGACAACGUCACCACUAACACCAGAAGCAAAAAAACUACUGCCCCUUCCGUCAACGCUAAGCGCUCCUUUAGUAUAUCAAUCCCCACUAUCUUCAACACCGUCUAAAUCAAUUGAUGAAACUCGGUUCCAAUCACCGCCCCCGUCGCUAGUAUCACCACCCUCUUUAACAGAAUCCCAUGAAUCUAAGCUGUCAAAAUCUACUGAGGAUACUCAGUUCCGAUCACUAUCUCCGUCGCUGGCCUCACCACCAUCAUUGUUAAAAUCCGAUGAAUCUCAGACGGCUUUACCGCCACCAGAAACCAAAACUCCGCUGUCUCCACCCUCAACGCUUAAAGAAUUUCAGCCGCAGCUGUCACCACCGCUUCCACCGUCUAAAUCCAAUGUUGAAACUCAUUUCAAGUCUUUGCUUUCUUCGCAAGCAUCACCACCAUUAUCAUCAUCGCCUAGGUCUGGUGAACAUCAACCACCUUUGGCAACAGAAGCUAAAAUCCGUCAAUUGCCACCGUCGUUUAUAGAAACCCGCGAAAAUCAGCCGCUUUUAGCACCAUCAGAUAUUAAAGAUCCAAAGUCAACGCUAAAGGCCGCAGAAGAAUCCCUGCCCGAACCGCCUACACUGCUUUUGCCGUCUAAAGUAACUAUGUCCCAAUCAUCGCCUCCACUGCCACCGUCAUUAUCAGAAUCUGGUGAACUUCAACAACCUUUGCCACCGGCAGAAUAUAAAAUUCCACCACCACCACCGCCAUUGUUAGAAUCCGGUGAAUCUCAGCUGCCUUUACCACCACUACCAGAAACCAAAAUUCAACCGUCAAAGCUAAACGCUGCUAAAGAAUUCCAGUCUCCACCACUUGUUCCGUCUAAAGCCAUUGAUGAAUCCCUGCCUCCACCGGUUAAAGCCACAGAUGAAACUCUGUCCCAAUCGUCAGAAACUGGUGAACCUCAACAUCCCUUGCCACCACCAAAAGCUAAAAUUCCACCGCCGGCACCGUCAUUGUCAGAAUCGGAUGAAUUUCAGCUACAUUCGCCACCCAAAGAAGCAAAAACGCCACCAUCAACGCAAAACGCUGCUGAAAAACCCCAGUCUCAACCGCUUCCUGCCUCUACAUUCAAUGAUAAUACUCCGUUCAAAUCAUCGCCUCAACCACCUUUGCCACCACUAGAAUCUAAAAUUACACCGUCAAAGCUAAACACUAAUGAAGAAUCCAUUGAUGAAACUCGGUCCCAAUCAUCACCUCCUAGGCAAUCAUCUAUACUGCCACGAGAUGCCAAAACUCCACCAUCAAAGAUAAACGCUAGUAAAGAAUCCCAUGUCAAACCGCUUCCGCCACUUGCGUCUAAAUCUACCGAUCCUCCCUCGCUGCCACUACCUGAAUCUGGCCAACAAUCAAAAUCUCAAUCACAUAUGCCACCACCAUCUCCAACGGCGCUUACAUCACCAUCACCCAAAACUAAACCUAACCCAAUCGAAUCUCACACUUCAAAUGAUCAUCGCAAGGAUCGAAAUCAAUAUCUAGCUAAACCAGACGCCGAACUCAUGGCUGAGAUCACCGGGGAAGUUAAGAAAAACAGGGGAAAAGAGAAAACAUCGACGACGAUGAUGAUGAUGUUCAUCAACAGCAAUGUUCAAGGGAUCAACACAUCACUCUCGCUCGAUUCAUCUUCCAUCGAUCAUGAGCCUGGCGUCCACUUGACCAUCGAUCAUGAUGAUUUUUCUUCAACGCUGUUUUAAUUAAUUUUUUUUUUUGGAUAUUCUAUUCUUCUGUAUUGGAUUGGAUUGCGAACAAAUACUUUUUAUA